GUUCCAAUGUAAUUUCUCUUUCAAGUUAGGGUUUCGCUUCCUUCUUUCGCUUCGGUCUCUCACUUCAACCAUUCUGUAAUCAGGGGGUAAAGUUACAAGCUUUGAAAAGGAGAAAUAUAACUAUUUUUGGAAUUUUGAGGGGAAAAUAUGGAUGAGGGAGAGGGAGGGGAUCAGAUGGAACUGAUGCAUAGAAACGAAGCAAUCUCAGCUGUUGCUGACGAUGGUUUUCUUGGCGAAGAAGAUGAUGAUUAUGAGGAUCUUUAUAACGAUGUUAAUGUUGGUGAAGGGUUUCUUCAUUCUUUGAGAAAAAACGAAGAUUUAGUGUUUAGAAAGGAGGAAACUAAGGAUGAUGCUAAUCAGAAUGAUAAUUUUGUUAAUAAUAAUAAUGUUUGUAGGAAAGUUGGUGGGUCACCAAUGGGUGCACUUGAAUCUGGUGUUUUGAAUCCUAGGGUUGCAGAUGGUGUUGAAAGAGGAGAUUUUAUGAUUUCUCAUGAGAGUCAAGGAUUCAGAGGUGGUGCUUAUAAUGAUGUGAAGGGACCCAAUGUGGGUGUCGGUGGUGGUGGAAGUGGGCUUAGGGUUGAAUUAGCACAAGCGUCGAUUAAGUUGAAUGAUAUGGCUGUAGACCAAAGUAGUAAUAAUAACUACAAUGGUUUAGCUGGUGUGAGUGGUAUGGGACAGCAGGGGCGUAGUCUAGGGAAUGUGGGGGGCGUUGAGAAUGAGGGUUUAAUGAGGCAAGGAGUAGUAGGAGCCGGGAAUGUGAAAGCGAACGGUGGUGGUUGUGGCGGCAGUGGUCCUAUGAUUGGGAAUGGUGUCGGAAAUGUGGGUGUGGCUAGCGCUGUCCGUGGUUCUGCACCUGGGGUCUGUGCAAGUGGGGGUGGAAGUGGUGGUGGGACGAUAUUGUUUGUUGGGGAUUUGCAUUGGUGGACGACAGAUGCUGAACUAGAGUCAGAGUUGUGUAAGUAUGGGCCCGUGAAGGAAGUGAAGUUUUUUGACGAGAAAGCAAGUGGGAAGUCAAAAGGAUAUUGUCAGGUUGAGUUUUAUGAUCCAGCCGCAGCCACAGCUUGUAAGGAGGGAAUGAACGGGCAUGUGUUUAAUGGAAGGCCUUGUGUUGUUGCCUUCGCAUCACCAUUUACUGUUAAGAAAAUGGGAGAGGCUCAAUUAAAUCGGAACCAACAGAUGGCACAGUCUGCUCUUUCCCAAGCCGGGAGGGGCCGUAACGAUGCUGGAGGCAAGCCUGUUGGCAUUAACAUUCAAACUGGUGGGAAUUAUCAAGGUGGAGAUAAUAACAAUAGAGGUUAUGGGAGAGGGAACAUGGGAAGAGGCAAUGCUCAGGGGAUGGGAAACAGAGGGCCAGUUGGUCCUAUGAGGAACAGGGCUGGCGGGAUGGGCGGUAGAGGAAUCAUGGGAAAUGGUUUCGGACAAGGUAUUGGUGUAGCGCCACACCUCAUGCGUCCACAAUCUAUGACGGGUCAAGGCUUUGGUCCUUCUUUUGGUGGAGCUAUGGGAAGAAUGGGCGGUUAUGGAGGCUUUCCUGGUGCUCUAAUGUCUCCAUUCUCUGGGAUGUUAAAUUCGUUCCCUCCUGUUGGCGGUGUUGGUUUGCCUGGAGUGGCUCCUCAUGUUAACCCUGCAUUUUUUGGAAGAGGUAUGCCCAUGAAUGGCAUGGGGAUGAUGCCUUCAAGUGGUGUAGAUAGGCCUAAUAUGGGAUGGUCAGAUCCUGGUAUGGGUGGAUGGGGUGGUGAUGAGCAUGGUGUUGGGAGAGCUGGAGAGUCUAGUUAUGGGGAGGAAGCUGCAUUUGAUCAUCAACACGGUGUAGCUAGUCACGAUAGAGGAAGUUGGCAAAACCCUGUGAAAGAAAAAGAUAGAGCUUCAGAAAAGGAGUGGUCUGGCUCGUCUGAAAGAAGGUAUCGUGAUGAUAGAGAACCAGGAUAUGAUAGGGACAUGACUGGGGAGACGAAUGUGGGCCAUGGUUAUGAUUGGCCAGAAAGACGGCACCAGGAUGAUAGAGACAUUGGUCGAGAACGUGAUAGGGAGCGUGACUGGGAUCAGGAUCACUCUCGAGAUCGUGACCGCAACAAUGAUAGGGAACGUGAUCGAGAGAGGGAUCAGGACAGAUAUAGGGAAGACAAAGACAGGUAUGAAGAUCACCAUAAGUACAGAAACCGUGAGUCUGAGCAUAGUAAUGAUUGGGAUAGGGGACAGUCAUCAAGGACACACAGCAAGUCACGAUUAUAUCAGGAGGAGGAACAUCGCUCAAGAUCUAGAGAUGCUGAUUAUGGGAAGAGACGACGACUUACCUCUGACUGACUUAUCUGAUAACUUCUAUAGCAGAACCUUUCAGUUUAAGAUUAUAUCAAUAAGAAAAGAAUCAGUAAGUGCUGAAACCUUAGGUUCAUCAUUCACUUUUGAUAUCUUUCUCAGCUGGUCGUCCCGUGGCCAUCAUUUCAUAGCCAUUCUUGAUACAUGGCCUGAGUGACUGCUUCUACCCGUGGAGUAUGGUCUCAGUUUUUCAUGGAAGAACUUGAAGAGUAUUUGAUCUUUCGAGAUUUGAAGUUGUUCAGUAAAAACACUGCAUCUCUGCAUGGAAGAUGAUCUCCUAGUAGAAAAAUCGUGACAGUAAAAUGGUGUAUUUCCUUUUGACAGCCUCGAAUAGAAUGAAACAAGUACUUUUGUUGUUCUUUCUUUCCUUUUCUUGUUUUGCAUUUAUGUUUUAGAUAAUAUUAACACGAUGAAACCGAAACCGAUAUCGUGGAUGAUGAUGUUUAUGGCUCGAAAUCGCUGAAGCCGUCGGAUUAAUUUCUCAAAGUUUGAAGGAAGAGUUGGAAUAUGAUGUAAUAGGGAUUUAGUUUGAGGAUGUUGAUGUGCAUUUUCU